AUGACCAACCGAUCAUCUAUGAGCUGGUCUAGGCUACGGAUAUUCGAUCUCGAGAAGUCCUUAGGCUUCAAGUGGGACCGUACUAUAUCUCGAGCGAGAGACCGCCAGAAAUAUCCCAUCAUCAAAGAACUCAACGCCGAGCUAAAGAGGAUCACGGAGAGCUAUUCGACAUUGACACAAACCGAGCUCCUGCACUCCACUAAGCUAGACAAAGAAGGCAACGCACUCUUUGAUACUCUUGGUCCAAAGCUGUGGCCAGCUGACGGAGACGUCAAAUUUGUGCGAAGUCAGUGGCUUGCUGCCGCUGCUGUUGAUGAUCUCGCGGGCUUCUACCCUGAGGAUCUAUACUACGAAACCGACGAUCACAACUGGAGGUUGCGUGAGGCUUUCUGCGUAUGGGUAGUGGCCAAGUGUAUACAGUACACUCGAAACCACAAAACGAGCACAGUACCAGAAGACAAUUCCACGACCGCGAAGGAAGACCAUAUCAAUACCACUGCACAGAACAACAAGUCAGACGACCAGGACAAAAGAAGGGGGUCAAGUGAGGAGAUGUCGUCGUUCGAUUACUACCACAACGAUCUGGACGAAGCCACCGGCAAUGGCGACCGUCUAUCUGAUUCCGACUACCUGCCAGAUGAUCCAAGGGAGCCGCAUACAAGACAAACGCAUCGUCUCAGUCAGACCGUUUCGUCUGCUUCCAAAUCUCGAGGGAAAUCGUCUGUCUCUGGUCAUCAACGUGAUGCACAUAUAAGAAGCCAAGGUUUGCCAAACAACACUGUCAAUCCCACCGAUCCCAGUGCAUUUGAGAAUGUCGACAAAGCAUCAUGGAAGGCCGCCCUGCAAGCGAAGCGAACUCAGGCACGACAAUCACAUGGCUCAGCAAAGAGGCAGAAGACAGGAGCAGAUCUCAGCCGAUUCCCCAGCGACUCCUCACGACCCAGCUCUGGGCCAUUGUGCGAGCAUGGUGACCAUCACGCAGCCCAGAGCACAACGGCGGGCUUCACUCCUGUCAAUGGAUCCGGAGCUGUAGCUGCAUCCAUCACGUCCUGCAACCAGCCUGUCAACACUACAGACUCUCCUCAGCCGUCUACUCAGCACGGUAAUGCUACAGCUGGUACUGUGGAGGUUAGCCAAGCUUCAAUUCACGCAGGAUUGGAGCAAGCACGACCGGACGGGACUUCUGAUGGGGUUCAUACAUCCAGAAACACUCGAUCGGAGCAGGACUUUCACGGGAAACGCCUCGGAACGUCGACCGAGGCUGCCCCGGUGGUGGUACCCAAACCACCAUUCGGGCCUAGAUAUUCCCCGGCUCGCAACAGCACUCGUCAAGAGAAGGCAAGUGUCGCCUCGGUGCCUCACGGGCGACAGGAUAGCAUGCCUGCUGCUCGCAGCUUCGCAGGCGUGGCCGAGGAUAGUGAUCCUGUCAUCGUACCGACAUACCGAAGUGCUACUGUAGAAAGCGAGGACUCGUCGAGAAUAUUUUCACCCAUCGGUGAUCGGCCUGUCGAAACCUCGCAAUCUAAUGCAGCAGUAAGCGAGAAGCCAGAUCUGUCGAAAGUGGAGAUCGAAAGGUCCGACACUGCAAAAGAGACUGAUCAAAUGACCAUACAGCCUCCUCCACCAGUCCAGAACAUCCCGCCACCGGCACAGAUGGUGGCGGCAUCCUCGAAUGUGGAUUUACCAAGGGUCAAUGUGCCGUCGCCGAGCUCUAGAAGCACCGGUCAGACUGAACGAGGAAUUGCAAUCUCGUCACUCGUGUCUGUGCCAGAACAGCCUUAUACAAUUGCGCCUACACCGCAAGAUGAUCCUCUCGCCCAGAUUCGAUAUGAAAGAAGCAGAUCAAUGCCGCCUUCUAUCGAUGCUACCCGGGCACAGCCCCAAAACAUCACCUCUACGCGUCCGUCCUGCGAAUCCGGACAAGCAGCGUCAGACAGCUCCGCAUCUCAAGCUAGUGGCUCUACACGCCCACAGCGUCAAGACGGCAUCCCUGUGUCACGAAUGGGUAAAGCUGCUCAGGCACACACUCCAGGGUCUACUUCCUCAGUACAGACUGGUGAUACGCCGCCACCGCCACCGCCACCAAGCCCUCCACCUCCACCUCCACCUCCACCUCCCCCUUCUGCACCAGACACAGUACAACCGCACAUGAGCACAGGAACUAUCUUCGAUCGUGCAAUCCUCGAAAUUGACUGGGCUUCCACCGACGAAGGCUCCAGCUUCAUUGAACUGAUCGACUGCCGGACAGCCGAAGAUAUGUUCGUGGAGAUCGAUGACCAGCGCCCCUCAAGUCUUCUUGGUGCAACGGUUCAGCGUAUAAGGAUCGAGCACGCGAAUCCUCGACCAGGCGAGCCUAGAUUCAAUCACAACAUCAUUCGAGCAAGGGCCGGGCCGACUUUCCGUAAUAUGUUGAGGCGGUUGAGUUCGCUCGGGGAGGAUGCGGAGCCCGAGUUCAAAGUCAUUGUUCUGGCUUGGUCUACGGUGACAAGCGGUGGAUCAGCAGCAUGA